AUGACCUCGGUUUUGAGUAUUAUCGCUCUUUUGGGACUGGUUACUGUAGCAUGGGUGUGUGCUUCCGGACCGAAAAAGGCGCAUGGUUAUUGCGAAUAUUACGUCGAUGGAACAAGUGACACGGAAGGUAGGAAGAAGCGAUCAGGGGAAGACAGUGGAAGUGGAGGAGGUGGAGGAGGAGGUGGUGGAAAAAUGAAAAGAAUGAAGAAGAAGAAAAACGUGAAAUGCUUUAAAUAUGAGGAUGGAACAAUGGACCAAGGAGCAACACUGAAACCUGGAGUUCAAGAUCCAGCAGCCAGUAGCUCGUCGUCUAGCAGCAGUAGCAGCUCUUCAUCAAGCUCAUCCAGCUUCAGUUCGUCGUCCGGAUCUUCUGGAAGUACUAAUGUAGACGCAGACGUGACAGUCAAUAAAAGCUAG